UAUCUCAUCUCUCGGUUCACUACUCGUGCAAGUGUAGCUACCAUGGCUGGUAGAACAGCGCGUGUGGAGCUCUGCGCUCUUGCCUUCUGUGCUCUCCUCAGCCUCCAGCUCGCCUUGGCCUCUAGAUCCCUUUAUGGAACUGGAGCCGGAGGUGGAGGUGGAGGCAGCGGCGGUGGGGGCGGUGGAGGUGGUGGUGACUCUGGAUAUGGUUCAGGUUACGGCUCCGGAUAUGGUGAGGGCGGCGGUAGGGGGAGUGCGGGAGGGUAUGGUAGAGGAGGAGGAGGUGGAGGCGGCGGUGGCGGAGGAGGAGGUGGAGGUGGAGGUGGUGGAGGUGGUGGCAGUGGCGGUGGUUCUGGAUAUGGUGAGGGUGCCGGUGGGGGGAGUGCGGGAGGGUCUGGUAGAGGGGGCGGUGGUGGCGGUGGCGGUGGAGAAGGGGGUGGUGAAGGAUCUGGUUAUGGCGCCGGACAUGGCUAUGGGUCCGGUUAUGGGGCGGGUGCCGGUGGUGGGAGUGCUGGAGGAGGAGGCGGUGGCGGCGGGGGAGAAGGCGGAGGUUCAGGCGCCGGCUCUGGGUAUGGACAUGGCUACGGCUCCGGGUAUGGUGAAGGUGCUGGUGGCGGGAGUGCCGGAGGAUAUGGCAGAGGUGGCGGAGGCGGCGGUGGUGGCGGCGGAGGGGAAGGUGGUGGUGAAGGCUCUGGAUACGGUUCUGGUCAUGGCUAUGGAUCCGGCUAUGGUUCUGGCGCUGGCGGCGCUCAAGGUAGAGGCUAUGGAAGUGGUGGAGGGGGUGGAGGUGGUGGUGGAAUGGGCUCCGGCAUCGGCUCUGGCUCUGGCUACGGUUCUGGUUAUGGUUCUGGGUACGGCGGCGGCGGCGGCGGAAAUGGCCACUACUAGAUUUAGUUCUAUAUACCAUUAAAUUACGUGCAAUAAGAGCUCUGUUGCUGUAUCAGUAAAACUUAUUAUGACGUGUGCUCAAUACAAAAUACGUGGGAGCUUACUUGCUAAUGCAUAUAAUACCUUCAUGUUGGUAUA